AUGGAUCGUUUAGCUGCCAUCAGCGAAGAACUAGCGGAGAUCGACGGACAAAUCACUGAUAUUCUUCGAGCUUUAUCAAACAGAUUCCAGAAACUGGAGAAGAUUAAGGAUGUUAAUAGGCAGAGUAGGCAAUUGGAAGAGCUUACCGAUAAAAUGAGAGAGUGUAAGAGGCUCAUCAAAGAGUUUGAGAGAGUAGUGAAGAAAAUUGAGAGUAGAACUGAUGCAAAUACACACAGGAUGCUGAAUGAAAAGAAGCAGUCAAUGGUCAAGGAGUUGAAUUCGUAUGUUGCUCGUAAGAAGCAACAUCAAAGCAAUCUUGAGAGCAACAAACGAGUUAAUCUCUUUGAUGGGCCCAGUGAGGGCUUUGGGGAAGAAAAUGUCCUGCUAGCUUCGUCUAUGACAAAUCACAUGCUAAUGGAUAAAGGAAACCAAAUGAUGGAUGAGACUGAUCAAGCCAUUGACAGGGCUAAGAAGGUUGUCCAAGACACUGUUGAUGUUGGAACAGAUACUGCUGCAGCUCUCAAGGCUAACUUGAAAACCGAACAAAUGAGCAGUAUAGUUAAUGAGCUGGAUUCUAUCAUUUUUUCAAUGAAAAAAGCAUCCAAAUUGGUCAAAGAAUUUAGUAGGCAAAUUGCCACUGAUAAGUGCAUUAUGACAAUGUUGUUUCUCAUUGUUAUGGGUGUCAUAACCAUCAUCGUCGUCAAGCUCGUGAAUCCGAAGAAUAAGGACAUUCCGGAUAUUCCAGGACUAACACCACCUGCGAUGAGCCGACGGUUGCUUGGGUAUCCUAAUUGA